AUGGGGGCUGAGUUCUUUAAAGGGGCUAUUGACCCUAAAGAUGCUCUGGACUGGAUCAAGGAGAUGGAACGAAUCUUUAACCUCCUUGAGUGUCCUGAUGAAGCAAGAGUGGAGUAUAUGUACUACCUGCUCAGGUCUGAUGCUUAUGACUGGUGGAUGACCGUACCCGGAGCUCAGGAUCGUACAAUUCGGUAUACCUGGGCGGAAUUUCUUGAGAAAUUCCGUAAGCAAUAUGUGCCUGAUCUGUAUGUGGAUAGUAAGAAGAAAGAGUUUCUGGACCUGAAACAACAAAGGGGGCAGACUGUUAAAGAGUAUGAUGCCAUUUUCCAUCGUUUGAUGACCUUCGCGAUGGAGUUGGUACCUACUAAAAACGAGCUAGAUGCAACCGCUAUGAGCAAGGCCUGA